AUGUCACUGUCGAGCCGGGGUAUCUUUAGUACCGACAUUAUGUGUUUUGGCCCCUCUUUGAUCUCAUCUUUGCCUAAAUUUCCACCUGGAGAUUGGAACGAUGGAAGAGUGGCUAAGAAUACAGCGGACGGUCGGCCUUUUUUUGCGUCUAUAAAACGGACCAAGUUCCCUGGCGUUCAGAACACCUGGCAUGAAACUUACGUCGAAUACCUAGACCUUUCGAUCGGAGAAAAGCUACUAGGAGGUCUUUAUGAAGCCAAACAUUUGAAACUAUUUGAUGAUACUAUUGUUGUGAAAUUUGCUCGUUUCCCUUGGGAGAUUCAAUAUCUUGAGAAUGAAACCACUGCAUAUCAGUGGAUCUCCGGCCAUGAGAUUGGGCCUCAAUUCCUUGGUCACGUUACCGAAAACGGCCGGGUGAUUGGGUUUCUCAUGGAGCAUAUAGCAAAUGCCCGACAUGCCGGCCCUAAGGACCUUGAUAUGUGUAGGAAAGUUCUGCGUCGGCUACACGACCUGGGAAUCCGACAUGGAGAUACCAAUCCUUUCAACUUCCUUAUUCAGCAUAAUUGCAAGGCUACGUUGAUAGAUUUUGAUACAGCUGAGCAAUGUGAUGAUCAGGAGGCGUGUCUUCAGGAGUAUGAGGCUUUAGAAUUAUGCCUCCAAGACGACUCAGGCUUGGGGGGUGUUCAUUAA